UUGUCCUUUUGAGGAGAAACUAACGCAGAAAAUUCAGAAAAAAUGGGGAACUCGUUCACAUGCAUCUCACACGAGGAAGAACAACGUCCCAAAAAAUCCUCGGCCGGCCGUGGCAAAGGAGGAGGAAGUAAUACCAGAAAAUACAUGCGUCGCCUAUCGCUCUCCUGCUCCGGCUCAUCCUCCACUUCGUCUUCCAGGAAAGGUGUAAUCAAACCAAAAAAGAAGAUAAGAGAGAGACAUCAUCAAGAUCAUCAUGGACACGAUAAAAACUCUCAUAUUAUUCAGGAGCAAACUUUGGCAGCCACUAAUCUCCUCUUCAACCAAACCCCUCGUAACAGCAACUAUGUUGUUCCUCCUAAUUUCAGACAGUCCACCAGUUCAAGCGGCGGCUCAGGACCUGUCUCAGCCGUCCAGAGUCCCAAGAAAUCGACUUGUGGAUUCGUAAGAACCUCUAGCUCUAGGCGAAAGUCUAGUGUCAAUCCAGUGAUCAAGCCUAACCAGGUCCCAGACAAGGAGCUGAAGAAGGUGGAAGUUUCAGAGACGAAGAGGUUUGUGCUAGUUCAUGGUGGAGGAUUUGGGGCUUGGUGUUGGUACAGAACCAUAACUCUCUUAGAGAAACAUGGUUUCCAAGUAGAUGCUGUUGACUUGACCGGUUCAGGUAUUAGCUCUACUGACACCAAUACCAUCACAAGCCUCGCUCAUUACUCCAAGCCUCUCCUCCACUUUCUGGAAUCCCUCAAACCCAACGAGAAGGUAAUUUUGGUGGGGCAUGAUUUUGGAGGGGCUUGUAUGUCUUAUGCGAUGGAAAUAUUUCCUACUAAAAUCUCCAAAGCUGUUUAUAUCUCUGCUGUUAUGUUGGCCAAUGGUCAAAGCACUCUCGAUCUUUUUAAUCAACCGCUGGGAUCAAAUGAUCUGAUACAACAAGCUCAUAUAUUUCUGUACGCCAACGGCAAAAAGAACCCUCCAACUGCCGUUGACUACGACAGAUCUUUGCUUAGAGAUUUUAUCUUUCAUAAGAGCCCACCAAAGGACCUCGCAUUGUCAUCGGUAUCCAUUAGACCGUUUCCGUUCGCGCCGGUUGUUGAAAAACUUCACGUGUCGGAGAAAAACUACGGCUCUACUCGACGGUUCUACAUAACAACCAUGGAGGAUUGUGCAAUACCAGUUCCUCUUCAGGAGGCGAUGAUCAAAUUGAACCCACCUGAACAAGUUUUCCAGCUCAAAGGAGCCGAUCAUGCACCGUUCUUUUCUCGGCCUCAGUCCUUGAACCGAAUCCUCGUCGAGAUAGCUAAACUACCGUUUAAAAAAUCAUCGUGAUAUGUUUGAUGGAUUGGGUAUUAUUCCAAACCGGAUAACAAAAACUAAACCAAACCGGUUAUAGGAUUUGUUUUUGAGAGUUGGACCGAGCAGUGAGCAGAACAUUAUCUGGUCUUGGUCUGAAUAUCGUAUGUUAUUUGUUGAUUUAUUUUGAUACUACAUUUUAAUAAAAAGAAUAUUUCUAGUAAUCACAAAAACUAUGCCAUAUUAAUAAUUCCUUAUGUCGAGGAAAUGAAUAUCCCGUUUAGGUUUUUCCUACUUCUAUAGCCUCUUUAAUCUCCUUUUGUUUCAUAUGCAUUCUAGAUCUUUUGUAUAAUCAUAUGGCUGAUGUUCGUAUGCUCACCCAGGUGAUCCAUCUGGGUGAAAAUACAAAUCGAUGUUCGCUUUGUACAUUAUAGUGCUACAUCCAAAUGGAUCAUCCACCUGAAUUUUUAAAAACUCAUUUCAAAUUCUCACCUAAAUGAAGGUGAAUCUUGAUGGUGCAUCUCGACACAGAUGCAUAUAGUUCAGUCCAAAAUGAUAAAUAACAAAAAUGACAUUUUAAAUCAAAAUAUUAUUUUUAAACCGUAAAUUCUAUUUUUUUGCAAAUACAUUUUUCUGCUAGAACCGAAAAAUACAUUUACCCCCAAAAACUAAAAAACACACUUUCCCGCCAAAAUCGUAAAAUGCGUUUUUCCUCAAAACAUAUAAAACGCAUUUUCCCGCCAACACCAAAAUAAUGCAUUUUUUCGCCAAAACUCAAAAACACAUAUUCCCGACAACCCCUCCCCCCCCCAAGCACUUUCCAGCCAAAACCGCAAAAAGUAUUUUUCCGCGAAAACUGAAAGACGCAAUUUCUCGCCAAAACCGGAAAAAACGCAUUUUCCCGCCAAAAUUGAAAAACGCAUUUUUUCGCCAAAACCGGAAAAGUGCAUUUUUCCACCAAACCCGAAAAACGUGUUUUUUCCGCCAAAACAAAACAAAUGUAUUUUCCCACCAAAACUGAAAAACACAUUUUUC